AUGAGCAAAGAGCAAGGCUUCAGUCGUAGAGCCAUCUACCUUUCCCCUCUUUCAACCAGCGCCGAUGGCGUGUGUGCUCUGCGAUGCUACUUGAAGCAUUAUGGCUACCUUCCCCAGAAGCACGAUACUUCAAAGGACACCUUUGACAAGGAUUUGGAAGAGGGGUUGAGGAAGUUCCAACGUUACUAUGGCCUCCAAACCUCAGGCAAACUUGACGGCCCCACAAAGGGACUGCUCACUCGAGGUCGCUGUGGCGCUCCAGAUGCCACCCCUAAAUCUUCGCUGGAGGCAAAUAUCGCCAUUCCCUGGGGCACAAAGACACUGACCUAUCACCUGGGCACCCCAAGCGCUGAUCUCCCGAAAAUAGACUGCUGGGCUGCCAUCGAACGAGCUCUCACCACCUGGGAAAACGCCGGCGUUGGGCUGAAGUUCAAAGAGGUCAACGACGUGGCUAAAGCAAAUAUCGCCAUCCACUGGGGACCGGCGGAAGAUGCCGACCACAGCAUGGUCGGAAACGUUCUCGCUCACGCCGACUUCCCUCCCGGAGAAUCCAUUUUGCGUCAUCCGCGGGAUCAACUACCCCUUCACUUUGACGACAGUGAACAUGUUUGGGUGAAUGGAACACAAUUUAAUGCUUUCGACAUCGAGACAGUGGCGUUGCACGAAAUUGGGCAUUGUCUGGGACUGUUUCAUUCGAAUGUACGAGGCGCUGUGAUGUUCGCAUUUGUGGAUGAUAAUUUCAUGUUGAGGAGAGUGCAGCAGGAUGAUAUCCUGGGGAUUCAGCAGUUGUAUGGUCAUGGAUGGCAGGAGGUAGACGGAGCGGGGACGCAGACUGCAAUGGUUAUGAGCGAUUUGAUUGAUUCUAGAGUGGAUGGAGGAGGAGAAGCGGCUGAGCAGCAGCAAGAGCUAAUCCAAGAGUGA